CAUUGCACAGAUGGCGCUACUGCUACGUAAUGCCAUAGAACUGGGUCAGAAAAUGAAGAAUGAGAUUAUACUUGAGAUAGAUAACUUCAUACUUGAUGAGGAUCUCAAAGUUCUGAAAACACCCAGCCCAGAGCCUCCGCCCACACCAGUAGAACAACCAAUGAUCGACCAGUUUACUGUGAACCAAUUGGGACACUUGUACCAUCAGCUCAAAGAAAUUGCCCCUGCUGGAAUAAUUUCCAAAAAAGCAUUUACAGAAAUGUUUGCCAGUCUUGUGUCUGUGACCCAUGGCACGGAGCAACUUCCUGAACUGUGGAUGCAGCUGACCCCCUCACAGAUUGAGAUGUUAGGUAACUUGCUGUCACCAGAACUGGAUUACAUUGACUGGCGUCGCUUCCUGGUAGCGUUAUGUUAUCCUGUGCCUGCUCCAACACAAGAAGAAUUGUUGCACUACUUGUCCCAGUUCAGAAAGAUGGACCAAAAACAAACAGGAUCAGUAACCAGAGAGCAAUUCAACUGGGUCCCACUGUGGUUCAGCAAGAAGCCACACAUAGAAGAAUCCUAUGAUCGUCCAACAAACUUAAAGAAGCUCCUGUUUGAAGUGUUUGCUGACCAUUCCGGCCUCAUACCUCUGCUGGAUUAUGUAGACUUUCUGAUGUACUUCUCUGUGGCAGCCAACUAUCACGAAGGCUUUCUGCGAGCACUGAGUGUGGCCAUGGGCAAACACAUGCCUAGAUUAGACAAACCAGAACUUCCUGCAACUGUACAACUGAAGACAUCACAGACCAGCAUUGUAGAGGGUGCUGAAACUAAAGAGGAAGGCAAGACAACUGCUGAACCACCAAUGUCAGACGAGGUAAUCCCUCCUGAAGCUGAGGAUGUUGAAGUUUCUGUGGAGGCUUUGUACAAGGUUCUGCACCACAGUGUCAUACAUGGGGGAGACAGCCACAGAUUCAGUGCCACUGCAGAUCCUGAAGACCACCGGUCCAUUGAGAGGCUGACUGCAGUCUAUCAGGAGUUAAAUGAUGAUGACACCACUGCUCCCAUCAUGUACCGCAUUCUCAUUGAACAUCCUGUGAUACAAGAUGUGGUUGUGGCCUGCAGGCAGUUUAAGUCUGUG